CUUUUCCUAUUAAUAAUAUUAUUCUUGUAUUCUAUAAUGGUUUAUAAUUAGCAUCACAUAAAGUAUUAUUUGUACGUGUUAUUUCAAAAUAGAGCAGCAAUUUACUUUCAUAACAUUUGAUAUUAUGAUGGCAACCUUUGCAACUGUCAGAACUAUUGGAAUUAUGCUAACCAAGAACACGCAAAUUCGAGGCAAAAAAUAUAUUUAAAUAUUUGUAUUAAUUUCUUAUAAUAAAAAACACGUGUUUUUGUGUUUCAUACUGAAAAAUCACAAUUAGUUCUCGAAGUUAUUCAUUUAUGGAAUAAAUUGUGUUGAAAUGGGCAAAUCAAGUGAUAGUGAAGACAGCACAGAUUUGGAGGAAGAACUUGAUACUGUUGAAAAUAAUGAUAGUUCUGAUGAUCCUGAUGUCGUCUUAAGAAGUGGAAAUUCCAGAAAAUCAAGUGGAAAAAGGGUGACAAGACAGUCUGUGCCUGAAAAAAGCAGAGUUAAGUCUUCUGAUAGCUCUAGUGAGAGUGACAUUGAAAAUUACCUAACAAAACCUGGGGAAUUAAAUUUGAAUUCCACCUUUUUCAAGUCCACUCCUAAUGAUGAUGUGCCAAAGUCUUUUGGGGAUAUUGAGAAUGCUAUAUUCAAUGGAGUUAACAGGCUUAGUGACUCUGAGUCGGAUGAGGAAGAAAUGCAGGAUGAGGAGGCCAAAACUGAAUCUGAGACAGCUAAGACAGAGAUGGUUAUGAAUUUCCAACAAUUAAAUGAAUAUACAAAAAAAAUUGAGGAAGCUAAGAAACAUUUGGAGUUGUACCAUGCACGGAAGAAGCAGAAGAAAGAGUUGAAAGUUGAUAUUGGUGAUUUAUUGGCAAUUGGUGAAAAAACAGUGUCAUCAAGUAAUGCACAAAUCAGCAUGCAUUCAACUGAUUUUGAAUCAUUGUCUGAAUCUGAGAAAGAAGAUUGGGAAGAGGUGGCUGAAGAGAAGGAGGCCCAAAGGUCUCUUAUACCCAAAGAGGGUGUACAAAUCACAGUUCAAAUGCCUGAACUGAUGAAAAAGAAAAAAGGCGUUGAUCUGUUAGCAGCUAUGAAAAGGAGAUUGAAUCAGAUCAAAAAGGAGAAUCAAAUUUAUAUUCAUAAAGUUCACUUGUUGACUUGGCUUGCACAUGGGAAUUUUAUCAAUGAGGUGUUGAAUAGGGAAUCCUUGCUGGCAAUGUCUUUAUCCUUAUUGCCCUCUCAGCAAUGUUAUCCAUCAGAAAGAACGGAUCUGAAAUAUCUAGAGCAGAUUUUAGCGUGGUAUAGAAAAAACGUUAAAAUAGUCGAGAAAGAUACCAAGAAUCUGUCUUUGGAGAAAAGUUUGCAACAGCAAAUAGAUCGUCGUGAAGCUCAUAAUAAGAAAAUGUUUGUCUAUUUGUUUAUAUGCAUAUUGCGGUCUUUGGGAAUUCACUGUAGAUUAGUCUUGUCCCUGCAAGUCGAACCACUGAAACCACCAGCGAGUGAAUUAUGUUCACUAAGCACUAAAGAAGAUCAAAAGGUAUGUCCAAAUACUGACGACGCAGACAAAGUUAAAAAGCAAAAUAAAUCUAGUGGUUUGGAAAAAACUGAAAACGUUGCUAAUAAGAAAGGUAAUGAGACAAAAAAUAAAAGAAAAUCUGUUAAUGAUGAGGAUGCAAGCACUUCAACUAUUAUAAAGAAGAGUAAGAGUGAAGAUCAAUUGGAUGAUACUAAAAAAUCCAAGAAUGUUGUUAAAAAGAAAGAAGCGACUGUUGAGAAUAAAUCUGUUAAAGAUAAUAACAAGUCUACUGUUUCUACCUUACAAAAAGGUAAAAGUAAAAAAAAGAUUGAAAAUUUACAAGAAGCGUCAUCUACGAAAGUUACCGAUAAGAAAACAAAUACCUCUGAUAUCAUUGCCAAGAAUCAAAGAAAAUCGAGCAAGAUAAAUAUUGUAGAUACAUCAGAAGUUGAAAUGAAAGAGCUUGAUGUCGGUAAUAAAUCUAAGAAAAAAGUUACAAAGAAGAGUUUAGAAGCGUCCAAGAAGUCGAAAACUGAUACCCAAAAACUUGAACAGGAUGAAUCUACAAGUAUUAAAAGCGAUAAACUAAAAGAACCAAAAACAACUAAAAUUAAUUUAAAGAAACUCAAAGUGGGCGGCGAAGAUAAACAGGGCACUGAUAAAUCUUCGACUGUUCGUAAGACACGCAGUGCUAAAAGCAAAACCAUGAAAAUUGAUGUCAACAAUCUAUUCAAAUCCACAAAGAAGAAAACGGAAAAGUUGGAAGAAAAGAAUGAGAUGGAGCAGGACAUAGAUAAGCUCAUUUCAAACAUGGAAAAUCUUGAGAAAGUGGUGCAAUUGGAUGGUUGUGGCGAGGAUACAUCGGACGAGGAAUGCUCGAACAUACCGCAGCUGGAUGGAGGCAUCGACGAACCAACAAAUAAACCCAAUUUGAAAAAACUUAAAAACUAUAAGAUGAUACCUUGUCCCACGAAGGAUCGUUGCCAGAGAAGGUUGGCCUUGGAGAAAACUCAAGACUUAGAUCAACAGGAAGCAGGGACCUCAAGGAAUCCGUUCAGUCCGAAAAAUGUAACAACACCAUUCGAUUUUAAUACUCAAAAGGAGGUUAAACUAAAACCUAUUAACAAGAGACGCAAUUGCGUGGAUGCUGAGAAGAAGACGACUACCGAGUCAAAAUCGUAUUCCGAAUGCACGCAGUAUUUUAAAAACAACGAGAUAAAGGAUGAUAUUAUAAAGUUGGUGAAGAAGAGUGUUCGCGAGGAGAAAAUGGCAGAGCGGCUCAGAAAAGUUAAGAAGAGUUACGUCGAGGAAAGUGAUAGCGAUUUCGCUAGCGAACCGGUGAUUAAGAAGAAAAAAAACUCUGAUGUUAAGGUCAAGAGGAGAGUUCUUCCGAAGCAACAACUGAAGGAGCAGGAGGAGAAAGCGAAGACAGAGAAGGAAACGAAAAAACAAAAAAUAGGUUUGGAUAUUUGGAUUGAGGUGUUUCUGGAGGCCGAAGAGAAAUGGAUUUCGGCGGAUGUUGUCAACGGAAAAAUCCAUUGUGUCAAGGAUCUGCAUAAUCAAGCCUCGCAUCCUGUUUCGUAUAUUCUUUCGUGGGAUAAUUCUAAUAGGAUCAAGGACGUGACUAAAAGGUAUUGCGCCAAUUGGAAUACUGUUACUAGGAAACUGAGGGCGGAGCCAAAAUGGUGGGAGGAGUCACUGCGGCCUUUCAUUGGGAAGAAGAAUUAUAGGGAUAAGGAGGAGGAUGAGGAUUUGGCGAGGCAACAAUUGGAUCAACCUCUACCGAAAACGAUUUCAGAAUAUAAAGAUCAUCCUCUGUACGUUCUGAAGCGUCACCUGUUGAAGUUCCAAGCCAUCUAUCCUCCGGAUUCGCUAACCCUGGGUUUUGUUAGAGGUGAACCAGUUUAUUCUAGAGAUUGCGUCUACGUUCUCCACUCCAGAGAUAUUUGGCUGAAAUCCGCGAAAGUUGUUAAGCUGGGCGAGACGCCCUACAAGAUUGUCAAAGCCAGACCCAAAUACGAUAAAUUAUCGAACAGUAUGAUAACUGAUCAACCUCUGGAGAUCUUUGGACAUUGGCAAACAGAGGAUUACGUGCCGCCAACCGCAGAAAACGGUGUGGUCCCGAGAAACGCUUACGGAAACGUGGAAUUGUUCAAACCGUGCAUGUUGCCGAAGAAAACCGUACAUCUUCAACUGCCUGGUCUGAAUAAAGUAGCCCGAAAGCUGAACAUUGAUUGUGCCCCAGCCGUCGUCGGAUUCGAUUUUCAUAGUGGAGGAACCCAUCCAAUGUUUGACGGUUUCAUCGUCUGCGAAGAGGAGCAGGAACGUCUGAUUGCUGCAUGGUAUGUGGAACAAGAGGAGGCGGAAAAACGGGAGAAAGAGAAAUACGAGAAGAGGGUUUUCGGAAACUGGAGGAAACUGAUUAGGGGUUUACUAAUUAGAGAACGUUUGAAAAGACGCUACGAUUUCGGAGAUCCUAACUCAAAGAAGAUCGAGAAGAAACCGCCUAAACCGAAAGGCCCAAGGUUCCUUACUAAGCACAGAUGAGUGAAUUGCAUGUCCAGAUAUCAAUUAUGUAAUGUAAUUUUGUGAUAAUAU